GCUUUUCGUUUACCUAUAAAAGCUCAAAACCCACGGAGGAAUCCCCCAGAGGGUUCAUAGAUAGAUCCUUGAGUUUGAAAUACGUUGAGAGGGAGGGAGAGAUGGAUUCGGAGUCCGAGAGAGAGGAUUCACGAAGAUCUACUCCGAAACUCUUCGUAUUGUCGCUUCCAAACCACCACCGGCGUGAUCCAUCGGACAUGCCCGACCCGCCACUGCAAACCUCGAUCUCGAUACCGUUCGAGUGGGAGGAAGUGCCGGGCAAGCCCAAGCGGGCCAAUGACCAGCCCAAGCCCAGUGCAGUCGCGAGCCUGCCGUGCCUUGAGCCGCCUCCAAGGCUGUGGGACGAGGCCAAGUUUACCAAUACGCCCUCCCCGACGAGCGUGCUCGAUGGACCUUACAUGUGUCGGCGCUCGGCUCAGACGUUCUCGUUCAGGAAGAUAGGAGGGUCUUUCAGGAGUCCGGAGAAGAGGGGCAAGGGAGAGGUGAAGGAGAAGGCGUCAAUUUUCGGGUCGAUGAGGUGGGGAAUAUUAAGGGAGAAAGCAGAAGACGUUGAGGGUAUUCCUGAGUUUUCAUCUUCCUUCCGUGGAGCUAGAAGUGGCGGUGAUAGCGCCGGCGGCGGGGGAGAUGGUUACUCACAUACCGACACAAGGAGGAGGAGAGGGGGCUUCAUAGGUCUAUCUCAAUCAAAGUCACAUUUGUGGGCAACGCUUUGUGAAAACUUUAAGCAGGUGGUUCCAUGGAGGCGAAAGCAGGACAAUUACGAGAAAGUUUAAAAUGUUGAACCAUCCCUCAUCUUUCUUCUCACCGGAUCAUAUGAUCAUCUUUUCGUGGCAAUGCAAUGUUCUUUUUAGACCAUCAUGGAAUUUGUAUAGAUAUAAGUUAUUAUAUUAUACGGUAGGAUGGUUGGAAGAUGGGUACUGGAUAUUUCUUUUUCUU